CUCUCAUUGCCAAGGAGUGCUUCAUAAUUCGCAUGCAAGACUCGUCAAUUCAUUGCUCGAAAAGCAGAAGGCUGACAAAGUGUUUUCCCAAUGACUUACUUCGCCCUGCCAGUUUUCGCAGCUCUCCCAGUUUUCCGACUGUUUUCAGUCUGUCGACUGAAUGACUGAGUGACGGACUGAGGGACUUCCUGACAGCCAAUAAAUGUCACUUUGGCCCGGCUGAUGCAUGAAUACAUCCGUCGCCUGCCUGCUGUCUCGGUGUCUCCCCGAACAGGACCUGGUAACUCUCCGAAGUGGCAGCUCAUAAAGUCCUGCUGUGUCGCCCAGAUAAUUGACAGCGAUGUGACGAAGAAAUUGAGGCAGACAGUUGUCUAGAUGCAAAUUUAAAGGUAAGCAGCUGCAAAUGACUCACUUAGAGAGUCGGUCGGAUCAAAAGUUUUCAUUUCUGGCGCAGACAAAAGUAUCAAAUCAAUAGUGGGCACUACUGGGUGAAAUGUGGCAUCACCACAAACUUGGCCAAGUCAUCGACAUGUGGAUGAGCCAUGACAAUAGUCAAAUGGCCAGUUCGCUUGCUCUCUAAUUGCCAAAAAAACAAUCACUAAACAGAGGUCAGCGAAAGUCAAAAGUCUAGACAGCAACUGUUACUUUCCACUCCCACCACCGAGCUGCUCCAUAAUCUGCUCCAUUAGUUGGCGAAAAAUGUGAAGAUGGACAUGGAUGUGGAGGUGGAUAUGGAUAUAGAUAUGGAUAUGGAUAUGAGCAUGGAAAAUCUGCAGUAAAUUCGAUUAACUAUGCAUGCAAAUGGCAUUGGGAACACGAGAUAUGAAAUUAAUUCGACGUACCAUGAAACACACGUCAGGAACUCAUUUGGCCAGCAGAGCUCGAUGAGAUCCGUGUAAGCGUUAAAGCGCCGACAUGACUGCUGACAGGAAUUCCGCAUGGUGUAAUCCUCGGUGUGGAAUGGCGCAGGAUGACGUUGUGAUGAAAUGGGAUGGCUUGGUCGUGCUGCAAACCAAAUAUUAGCUCUGCAGCUGCACUGUUUUUCAAUUAAACUAGCUGAAUGCUCCUUCAGUCGUGCAUUAAAAUGAAAAUUUAAUCACGCCAACGGCCAUGGCUGCGAAAUGAAUCACAUUCGCUGACCUGAACCUGAACCCGAACCCGAACCCCACGACUCGAUCCGGUGCAGGAAAAGUGCGAGGCUGGGGCCAUGGAGGCGCAUACGUAUUGUGAGGAAAUAUGUAAUUAAAUUUUUCUCCCGUAUGUCAUGUCUUCGCCUCGGAAACGCUGAUGGGUUUUUUAUGAAGGCUUUAAGGGGCAGUUGUGGUCCUUCAUAGUGUUAGUUAGUAAGAUAUCUGCAUUAAUUCCUUUUGAAAUUUCGGACAUUACUCUUCUUAAAGAAAAGAACAAGAUUAUAAGUAAUAUUGAACAUCA